UAAUUGUGUAAUUGUGUUCUUGGGUAAUUUUACGGUUACUCUAAGAACACAGGCUUCCUUUAUUUUCCGGAUUUAAUCAGAGCUCUAGAUCUCACAGGGACCUUCUCUUUUCUCUUCUCUCUCUCUUUCUCUCCCCUUGAUAAUUUCCCCGCUGCUUCAUUUUCUGAGGAACAUUCUGAAUCCAAACUAUUCUCUCCGUGUAAUUCUUGUCUAUUUCUCUGUGAAUCCAUCGAGAGGAGACUCUGAAGAGAGUUUGCCCUCUGACCUUUAGGUGUGUGUAGUUUAGGCACUGUUGGUUCCAUAAAUAGUGUCUUGCAAUACUGGCUUUCUGGGUAUCUUGUGUAGCAAGCAUUCGAGACCAAAUCCACAAACACACACACACACACAAGUCAAGCCAUGGUCAAGAGCAUGUGAAGAGCUUUCAGCUGGCUGGGAGUGAGAUCAAGGCUGAAGACUUUUGCCUUUUAUAGCUGGAGAGAGGAGUCUGGACAAAGUAAACAAUAUGGAUUUCCUUGCCACAUCCUCCUUGUUUCUGUGAUUUGCUCUGCCAGUUUGUCAGGAUGGGCUAAAAACAAUUGCUAGCAGCUGAGCACCAUACACCUGGACCCUCCACCGUCUCACCUGUGCACAGGUGGUGAGAUUUGGCACCAUGCAGGGACCUCGGAGGAAGGUGAAGGUCAUGUUGAUGAUGACAAUGGUGUUUAUCUUCAUAGUGGUGGAGGUCUCCCGUAAUGCUGGGAAGGGCGACCGCAACAAAAAUAAGAAUCUGGUUCCCUUGAAGCGUUUUUGGGCAAAAGAUCUUCCGAAUAACGCCUACUGGAAUCGCCAGCAGCAACAGCUGAACUACAUCAACAACCCCAACCUAGAAAAACUCAACUUCACGAUUGAUAAACUUCCAGACUGGCUAAACGACACGGUCAGUCUUGAUUCCUGUGACCCAGACUUCAGGGUGACCACCCAAGUCAAGGAUUUCAACUCCUUACCGGAUCGCUUCAAGGACUUCCUGCUUUAUAUGCGAUGCAGGUCCUAUCCCAUCGUGGUGGACCAGCCAAACAUAUGCAAAGACCAACCGUUCCUCCUCCUAGCUAUUAAAUCUUUAGUCCCGCACUUUGAUCGACGUCAAGCUAUUCGCGAGUCGUGGGGCAAAGCUGGCCGCCUUGCAAACAGAACGGUCGUUACGGUGUUUCUUCUUGGAAACGCAGCCAUGGAAGACUAUUUCCCUGAUCUCUCAAAUAUGCUCCACCAUGAGAGCUCAAUGCAUAGAGAUAUUCUUCAGUGGGACUUUAGGGACACCUUCUUCAACCUCACUAUCAAGGAGGUGCUUUUCCUGGAAUGGCUGAGCACCCGCUGUCCUGGAGCCAGUUACAUCUUCAAGGGGGAUGAUGAUGUUUUUGUUAACACCAUCCGCAUUAUAGACUUCCUAAGCAGUCUUUCUCAUGCCAAAGCCAAAGAACUGUUUGUAGGGGAUGUGAUUACUAAUGCUGGUCCACACAGAGACAAAAAGGUCAAGUAUUUUAUCCCGGAGAGCGUGUUCGUUGGAGCGUACCCUGCGUAUGCAGGCGGGGGCGGUUAUUUGUUCUCGGGACAGCUGACCCAGAAACUUCAUAACGUCUCGAGGUCGGUGCCCCUCUACCCUAUUGAUGAUGUCUACACAGGUAUGUGCCUCAGGAAACUGGGUCUCGCGCCUGAGAAGCACAAAGGCUUCAGGACCUUUGAUAUCGAGGAGAAAUAUCGCAAUAAUGCCUGUGCCUAUAACAGCCUGAUGCUGGUCCAUCCCAGAAGUCCUCAAUAUAUGAUCAAAAUCUGGGCCUGGCUGAAUGACCCAGCCUUGAACUGUCACUGAACUGCUGCUCUAGGGUUUGGCUGCUUUAAAGGGACAGUUCACCCUAUGAUUAUAAUUCUGUCAUCAUUUACUCACUUUCAUGACGUUCCAAACCUGUAAGACUGACUUUCUUUCUUUGUAUGGACCAAAAAACGGAUUAUUUUUCAGUGAAAGUCAAUGGGAUCCAAAAAACUUUCAGAAUAUCUUCUUUUGCGUUCUGCAGAAUACAGUUUGGAACAACAUGAGGGUGAGUAAAUGAUGACAGAAUUGUCAUUUGGUGAAUUAUCCCUUUAAUGUUUUACCGUUGUUCUAUUUUGAUUUAUUAUUAACAUCUUUUCAUGUCAAUGGUC